GUAGGUCUCUCCUUUUGCCUGCGGCGUGAGUGCAGAGUGCGAACUGCGGCAGCCGGAGUCAUGGCAGGGCAGGCAUUCAGAAAGUUUCUUCCCCUCUUUGACCGAGUAUUAGUUGAAAGAAGUGCAGCCGAAACUGUAACCAAAGGAGGCAUUAUGCUUCCAGAAAAAUCACAAGGAAAAGUAUUGCAAGCAACGGUGGUAGCUGUUGGAUCAGGCUCUAAAGGAAAGGGUGGAGAGAUUCAGCCAGUUAGUGUGAAAGUUGGAGAUAAAGUUCUUCUCCCAGAAUAUGGAGGCACCAAAGUAGUUCUAGACGACAAGGAUUAUUUCUUAUUUAGAGAUGGUGACAUUCUUGGGAAAUAUGUUGACUGAAAUAAGUCACUAUUGAAAUGGCAUCACUUGAAGCUGCCCAUUCCACUGAAGUUCUGAAAUCUUUCAUCAUGUAAAUAAUUUCCAUGUUUCUCUUUUAUAAUAAACUAAGGAUAUCCAAGCUAAUGACAUCCAGUGUUUAAAAUUUAGUUUCACUGUACUGGUAUAAACAUUUCCAAAUAAAAAAAUAUAAA